CGCAGUUCAGGCCACCCACGCUUACUACGCCCCAUUCACCUGCCCUGACCGCCCAACGGGUAUAUCAUCACCCGAAAUCACAUCAAGCAUGACAACCUACAAUCACCGAACCCACAACCCAUUAUUUCAUUUCCAAGUUAUUCACUCCCGAUACAUCUCCCGCCACUACCACCAUGACCCCGCGAUUCAUGCCCAACCACCUCCCUGCUCUUUUUAUUGGCACCGCCUUCACCCUAGGCGGCGUGCUCCCGCUCUUCCGCCCGGAGCGCGCGAUCCUAGAGUACGGCUUACCGUUGCGCAUUGCGCGUUCCUCCGAGGCGCAGAUGCUCAUGCAAAUUGGCAUGGCGCGCACCACGUGCAUCGGAGCGGCGAUCUUUACUUUCUACCUGCAGGGCAAACUCGAAGCGGUGGAUACGCUGUUGGUGAUGAUGGGAUACUUGGGUGCAGGGGACAUGUAUUUUUGCUGGAAGGAGGGUGCGCCGGUAUGGGGCACGUUCAAGGCCUUUUGUGGGGCAGCGUUCAUGGCAUGGGGGUGGUUUGGGAUGACGGCUUGGGCUUAGAACGUGGAAAUGAAUGAAGUUAGUGGGAAGACUGGGUAAUUCUGGAAGUUUGGUUUUUGGUGACCUAUGUCAAACUGUUUAUUUUUAUUAUGCAUUACGUAUAUUACGUGCCUCUCUACUUUAUCUCAGCGUGCGGGAACCAUUGUUUCACGCUCCGAUCCAACGCCUUCGGUCCAACAGGUUUGACUAAAUACCCGUCCGCGCCUGCUUCCUCCGCAUUUGCACGAUCAGAAGGCGAAUCCUGUCCCGUGACAAUAAACAUGACACUUUUCUCCGACCCAUGCUUCCUCUCUAGAGCGCGUAUUUGCCG